AUGUACACGCUCAGUUUCGUUCGCGGCACAUAUCAUGCGCAGACCGAGGAGCGGCUAGGAGAGAUUCUGGAUCUCCCGCGAUAUUUGCACGUUGAGCUGCCAUCGUCGGAGCGCCAGCACGUUUCUAUCGACCGAUGCUCGUCUCGAGGCAGGUACGGUUCCAUCCAGUUGAUGAUCAUGACCGUCAUUGAGGCGCUCAUGAUCGUGGGAUGA